AUGCUCAGUAUCUUGCGCUGCGGACAAUUUAUCUCCGAGCAUAGCAGCAGCAUCUUCAAUGUUGCCAUUCCGGGACAUCUUGAUACGGACUCCUACAGCUGUGACCAGAGCUACACGAUUGAGCUCCUUUCAAUUGAUCCACUUGCUAUAUACAUCAACAAUUUCUUACGUGAUGAGGAGAUAGAACAUCUCCUAGAAUUGGGCUCUCAGACCGCCGUUCUACCUAAGGAAGACAUUGUAUGUGAGUGUUUGACGAAAAGAAUGAAAUCCAUCCUCGGCAACGUCCAGCACAUGGAGGUCGAAACGCUGCAAAUUGUCAAAUACGACGCAGGUGGUGACCAUUAUAAAUCCCACACGGACUGGUUCGACGCGCCAAAGAACGAUCUCCCAUAUGGCUCAGAAGGCGGAUCAGAAAAGCCGAGCAAUCGCCUAGGAAGCAUCUUUGCCUAUCUCGAUGAUGAUUGCGAGCGCGGUGAGACUUAUUUCCCAUUUCUGCCGAGCGUAUUAGAGUCGGCAGAUGUAAACAAGUUCGCUCUAGCAGCUGGGGACACCGGGUUGCUUGUUAAACCUCGACGAGGGAAUGCUAUCUUUUGGAACAAUCUGCAUGGGAACGGAUCUGGGGAUGAGAGAACGGCUCAUGCAGGCAUCGCGGUGGAGUCGGGAACCAAGAUUGGUCUCAAUAUAUGGAGCAGGUACUUUUUGGAUGAACCAAUGGUUGGAGGGGACUAG